AUGUUUAAGGAGGUGAUCGAGCUUCCAGAGGAGGACAUGAGCUUUAGAGAGCUUGUUAAUUUCAUGUUUUAUGGCAAGCAUACUCACCUCGGCGAGAACGUCGACGAGCUUGUAUCUGCCAUUCGUAUUGAUCUGACAAAGAGUAUCGGAGGUCUCAUGCCCAUUCUGCAGGAUGAAGCUAGAAUUUCCUUUUCUACCGUGAUGAAAGACGUCAAGGAGAGAUGGAUAGCGAUUUCCGCGCAGCCCUACGCUCUCCAGAUUCUUAGUCGACUCUCGGGCAGGAUUUUGUUGGCCCACAGCUGUGCCGGCAGCCAGAAUACCUUCGGACAUCCACAAUGUUUACGGCUGAUGCGGCUAUGGUACGCAACGACUUGCAGCAGUAUAACCAAAUUCUACGGCCUUGGGUUAGUCCUUUUCUGUCCUCGCUGAAGAGAGUCCAGGUUCAUCUCCAGGAUGCUAAGAGCUGGAUGGAUCCUGCCAUCAGGGACAUAUUGUCCAUCACUGGCGAGAAGCCAAAGAUAGUUGCUGCCGGUAGCCGCGGCGCAUGGAUAUCGUGGCUCUUGAAAUAUCUCCCGGAUCAUGAGAAGACGUCCACGAAGUUAGGGCUUUUGCAAAUGCAGGUAAGAUCUGCCUUGGACUUUCCAAUAUAUGGGUUGACUUACUGAUCCUACUGGGCAGGUUUCGUUUGCAUCGCUUCAUACCACCACCAGCGCAACGACAAACGUAAGAAGUCCUAAAUGAACAUUUAAAACCCCAUGACUGACGUAUAUCACAGGCUUUGCUAGACCUAGCGACCUUUGCUGAGUACGCAGACGAGCUGCGAGAAGAGAUUGAGGCAGCAAUUGCAGAUGAUGGAGAGUCAAUAGAUGAAAAUGGUCAGGUUUAUUUCACAAAGGCGGCAGUUUCAAAAAUGAAAAAGCUCGACAACUUUCUGAAGGAGAGCCAGCGACUUACGCCUUUGGAUUUUGGUAAGUUUGAGCUUCUAACCUUUACCCCCUUCACUCCAACUAACAUUCUUUGGCAGAUGGUCUCUCCCGAAGACUGCACAAAAAUGUCACCUUUUCUAAUGGCCUGAGACUUCCAAGCGGGGUGCUGUUAAGUUUUCCCAUGUAUGCUGCGCAGUAUGUACCGUUCCACUUUUCUUCCCCUCCUAAGUAUUAUACUUUUCUUUUUCCCACAAAGUUUGUGUUAAAGGGGCUAUCACUUCCAUUCCUAAUUAAAGCGAUUGUAUUUGUCCACUAAGAGAAACCAAACUGUCAAUCAGAAAAGAAUUCAAUUAGCGGCAUGCAGGCUAUGGCCGAGACAGAUAGUGCGCCCCUCAACGUCUUCGAUGGUUAUCGAUUUUCUCGAAUGCGUGAAGUGCCCGGAAACGAGGCAAAGUAUCAGGCUACAUCCACUGGUCCAGGUCAAUUCACCUUUGGUCACGGUACCAACGCAUGCCCUGGCCGGUUCUUCGCCCUCUAUAUCAUGAAGAUUUUUAUGAUCUUCGUUCUACGCAACUACGAUAUUAGACUUCCCUCGGAAAUCCGGGCAGCAGGGCGACCCAAGGGCAAAACUGCUGGGGUUUCCAAUUUGGUGAACAGCACAGUGGAGAUUGAGGUACGCCAAAGGAUUUCAUCCAAGGCAAACAGUAGCGAAGUGUAG